GGCCAAGGACAAUCCGGUUCUGGUGGCAGAGGUGAUUCUGGUGGUGAUAAAGAUAAGGCGAAGCGAAAGUAUGAGCCACCUAUGCCCACAAGAAUUGGUAAAAAGAAGAGAAAAUCACGAGGACCUGAAGCUGCUACUAAAGUUCCUCUAGUUACUCCACAUACAAAAUGCCGCUUAAAAUUGUUAAAGUUAAAUCGCAUUAGAGACUAUCUCAUCAUGGAAAGUGAAUUUAUAGAGAAUCAAGAGCAGCUUAGACCGCAAGAUGAAAAAAAUGAGGAGGAAAGAACAAGAUUGGAUGACAUUAGAGGGACGCCAAUGGCAGUCGGAACCUUAGAAGAGAUUAUCGAUGACAAUCACGCUAUAGUUUCAACAUCUGUUGGAUCUGAGCAUUACGUUAGCAUUUUAUCAUUUGUUGACCGAGAUUUACUGGAACCUGGUUGUUCUGUUUUACUCAAUCAUAAGGUUCAUGCAGUUAUUGGUGUACUGCAAGACGAUACCGAUCCAAUGGUUUCUGUUAUGAAGCUGGAGAAGGCUCCGCAAGAGUCGUAUGCCGAUAUUGGAGGUUUGGAAUCCCAGAUUCAGGAAAUUAAGGAAUCGGUUGAGCUGCCUUUGACUCAUCCAGAAUAUUAUGAAGAGAUGGGCAUUAAACCUCCUAAAGGGGUUAUAUUAUACGGGGCGCCUGGCACAGGCAAAACAUUGCUGGCAAAAGCUGUUGCUAAUCAGACCUCAGCUACAUUCUUACGUGUGGUAGGAUCUGAACUGAUUCAAAAAUAUCUAGGUGAUGGUCCAAAGCUUGUUAGAGAAUUGUUUCGAGUAGCCGAAGAACAUGCUCCUUCUAUCAUUUUUAUUGAUGAAAUAGACGCUAUUGGCACAAAACGUAGAUACGAUUCAAACAGCGGAGGCGAACGUGAGAUUCAGAGGACCAUGUUAGAACUAUUGAAUCAGUUAGAUGGUUUUGACUCAAUAGGCGAUGUUAAAGUGAUUAUGGCUACAAAUAGGAUUGAAAGCUUAGAUCCUGCUCUCAUUAGGCCUGGGCGAAUUGAUCGAAAAAUUGAAUUUCCGUUACCGGAUGAGAAGACGAGAAGAAGAAUUUUUAAUAUUCAUACAGCCCGAAUGACUUUAGCAGAAGAUGUCAACUUGGAAGAACAUAUUAUGGCUAAGGAUGACCUAUCGGGAGCUGAUGUUAAGGCUAUUUGCACUGAAGCUGGUUUAUUGGCCUUACGAGAGCGUCGAAUGAAAGUAACUAGCGAAGAUUUCCGAAAAUCUAAGGAUAACGUGUUAUACCGCAAAAAGGAAGGAACACCAGAAGGACUCUACUUGUAAAUUAACGUUUUCUCUAU